GUUGUCAUCAUCAUCGCAAGUGAGGCGUUCGCGGUUCGCGGGUUUCAGUGUUCGGUGUUGAGAGCCCAGAGACCAGACCCCAGAGACCAGAACCCCUGACAGAGUCGAGUUGGUCUCGAAAAAAUAGCACUUCGUAUCACUGCUUACCGCUAAAGGUUCCGCGCGCGGGCCACAACCACAAUUGCUACCACGGAUGACGGCACCAGAUCGCCCCUAAAAAGUUCCUCUUACUAUAUUCCACAUUUUGCGCGCCAAAGAUUGCCAGAGGAAGAAGUGCCCCCAUGUGAUAACUUUCUAAAAAACACCGAAACGAAUACACAAGUGAUAAAAACCAAACUUAGAUAAAACGCUGGAACAAACCACAAGAAGCGACGAGGGUAAAUCAAUUUGAUGGUCUGCAAAACUAUCUCUACGAGUGUAAAAAUGCAGCUGAAGAUGGAACAGCAGACAACGCAGCAGCAGCAGCAGCAACAGCAACAAUUGCAACAGCAGCAGCAGCAGCAGCAGCAACAGCAGACUCUGACCAAGCAGCAGCUCCAAUUGCUGGACAAGAUCAAGCUCGAGUCCAGCAACGGUGCCGAGCAACUGGCCCAGCAGGCAGCUGGCAAUCUGGAGGAGCAACAGGAGCAGCAGCAGCAGCAACAGCAGCAACCUGCAACAUCGGUGGGCGUGGUGGUGCAGACCAGCCAGGCGGGGGUCAGCGAGCCGGAGGAGCAGUACGUGGUGGUGCCACGCAUCCAGCGACGCAUCCUCACCACAGCGGGCACACUCGAACUUAACGAAGCUCGCGAAGGAGAGCCCAGCACAAACGCCAGCAACGCUAGCUCGGGAUCCGCUCCGGAUAGCCACAUCGAGUACCAACGGAGUGCCCACCAUUCGCCCGGAGCUCCAGCCACCCACUACGUGCAGAUGGCGCCAAGGAAUGCAGAGGUUCCGGAGCAGGUGGGUGCCGCCGCUGGAGCACCACCUGGCACCAUAUUCGCCUAUUCCUCGGGUCCGAUCAUCUGCUCUGGCGACGAUGUGGCGGCCAUUAAAAUAGAAACCAUCGAGAAGGGAGAACCUUCUUCCGAGUCGCAACAGCAACAGCAGCAGCAGCAACUGCAGCAACACCAGCAACAGCAGCAGCAAUCGCAAUGUCCCACGCCCAACGGCGGAAGCUACGGGGAGACCAUAGUGAUCAGCAGCGAGGCGGAGGCACUGCAGCAUCAUCACCAGCAACAGCAGCAGCAGCAGCAACACCAGCAGCAGCAGCAGCAGCAGCAACAACACCACCAACAUCAGGCGGCAGCUGCAGCGGCGGCGGCCCAAGCGGUCCACAUAGCCACCAGUUCGCAUGGUGGCACCGUGCGCUUCGUCACGGAGGAUGGCCGCUUCACCACCGCCGGACCGGAGACCUCCGGCUCGAAUCUUUACUACGAUGCCCCCGUGGUGGACGGCAGUGUGCAUGCCAAUGAGUCCAAGACCUAUGCCGACCUGGGCAACGCCUACUCCCCCUUCCCGGCCAGCGCCGGCUUCACCAGCAACAGCUAUGCGGCCACCCUGCAGCAGGGCAACACCAUCUACAGUGUUCCGGGCACCGGGCAGUUCCUGGCCAAGUCCGAGUCCGGCCUGAAUCAGCUGCGCCAGGCCGGACCGGCCACCUUCCAGACGAUAGCCUUCAACGACGGCGGCAAUGCCAUCGAGGCUCUGUGGACAUCGCCUGCUCCGCCGGAGUACCAGAAUGUAAACUUUGGCAACUUCCAUCCGCAGGUGAUUGAUGAGUACGCAACGGGCAACAUGACCGCCACCCACUGGACGCCCUCCGGCAGCAUCGGGCAGUACGAUGGAAGUCUGGUGAGCGCCUCGUCCACCUCGUCCCCGAACCACGAACUGAAGUGCGAGAACUGCCACUCGCCGUUCAUGCGAAAGGGCACCGAGUACUUCUGUCCCAACUGCCCGCCCUUUAUGAGGAUGCCGCCAAGGAUGCCCCAGCGGCAGGCGAAGCCCAAGGCCGCCGCCGCCCCCAACAACCGACGGAAUGGGGUCACCUGCGCCAACUGCCAGACCAACUCGACGACCUUGUGGAGGCGCAACAACGAGGGAAAUCCCGUGUGCAACGCCUGCGGCCUGUACUACAAGCUGCACAACAUGAACCGCCCACUGUCGAUGAAGAAGGAGGGCAUCCAGAAGCGCAAGCGGAAGCCAAAGAACAACGGAGGAGCCCCCAUGCACCGGGCACCGCUGCCAAGCAUGUCCCAAGGAGUCAACCUGAUGGCGAACAGUCCGCUGUAUCCAUCCCAGGUGCCGGUGAGCAUGCUGAGUGGCCAGCAGAACGCCAGUCCGGAGCUGCACGACAUGUCGACGACGGGUCCGGCGGGUGGUGGUCAGCGGGUGGUGGCCAUUUCGCUGAAUUCGACGGCACCACCGCCCACCACCGACGGAACGCUCAACAUGUCCGCUCGCCACCAUGUGACCGGUGAGAGCCACUCCCCCUACAGCCAGCAGUCGACGCCCCAAAGUCAGUCGCCGCAUCUGCCCAGUACGGUGACGAUAAACCGCCAGAUAGUUCAGCCAGUUCCCACCAUCGAAAGCGGUCGCAGUUCCAAUAGCGAACUCACCCCCAGCGUAAUCACACGCACUGGACUGCCAGAGCGAUCAUCGAAUAACUAACUAAUAACUAACUUCAGCUAACUUCGCACUAUAUUUAAUUUAACUUUAAUCUUAUAAACCAAAAUGUCAAAUUUGCCAAAAUAUUUAUUUAAGCCCUAGGAUAGUACAUUUAUAGAGCCAAGACCAAUGUCCCAGUUAGGGGAAGACUUGCAGUGACCUUUCCAAAACUUGAAAGUCUUCCUCCUUUUUAGUCAAGUGCUUACAGCAAAUAUAGUUUGAAAUGUUGAUUUGUGCCAACCACUUAGGAUCACUUAGGAUCACUUUCGUAUCGAGUAUAGCCAAGUAUAGUAUACAUAUAGCGAGAACAGCACAAGCCCAUAAUGAAGCCUACGAUUUUGUAUGUUUAAGCCUCUUUUUUUAAUUCUACAAAAUAAAUAAGUU